CGAGAGCACACCCACGCGCGCGCGGCAUUACAAUAUUUCCGGGCACAAAACACCUGCGUAGGGAAAUAUAGAUCUGACUUGAACCGAUCUAUCAUCAGUUUCACCGGGAUACUCUCACAAUCGCCGGGAAAUUUGAGGCUGUCAGAAGGGACUGGCACUCGCUCCCAGCUGCAGGCGGGUCGCGGGAAGAAGCAGAUGCUGCCCUGGACGGGCUUGGUAGCACUGAAGAGGAUCUCAGCCGCCUGUGCAGCCCCUGACAGAGGGGGAUCGGCUCGCCAACCCGCCCCCUCCGAAACCUUUAGAGACCCCCUAGCAGGGAGCCUGUUGGCAGUCUGUCAGCAGCCCCGGCCCAGCCCAGGGCUCUCUCUUUUUUUUUUUUUUGGAGAAGGGCAGUCCGUUCUCAAAUUUCGAACCUCCUUUCCAAACAUUCCGUUCCCAGAGCUGCACCUCCGCCUCCGGGAACGCGUUCGCAGCAACCAGGUCCCCACCCAAACAGCGCGGCUUUGUGCCCGGACCGAAGUGCACCCACAGGAGGUGGUGUUUUUCCCAGGCACAAACCACCAAGUCGCGAGCAAGGAGCGCGGGCCGGGCCACACGGCAGCUCCUUGACAGAAGAAGGGGGGGCGAGGGGAUGCGAACCCAGGCCCGGCACUCCCGAGGCUGUCAGCGAUGAGUGCACCACCGACGACGAGAGCCACGCGCUCGCGAUACUCGAGUCCGGCUGUGGGUGGAGGAGGAGGAGCAGGAGCAGGAGGAGGGUCGCGGGGUUCAAACGACAGCAGCAGGGCUCGAGACAAGGAGAGCAGAGAUGCGGCGUCGCUGGACCGGUCGAGGCAGUUCAUGGAGGCAUGGAUAGAGCCGGAGCGUGCCAAGCUGGCGAGCUUCCAGGAGGACGGCCUCGUGCGGCAGGGCGUGCUGGAGACGAUGGAGCCGCUGGGGACAAGGCCCAAGCCGGCCAUGGUCAGGAAGCUGAUCGGUGCGAGCAGUCCCUUUCAUGGCGGCGGCGGAGGCGCGUCGGGGGGACGUGAUGAGGCGUCGGGCCAGGAAGGGGGCGCGUCGGCGUCGACGUCGACGACGGCAGGGCCACGCAAGACCGGGGGCAAGCGUAUUGUGCUGAAGCGGAAGAAUGGCAAUGGGAAUGGGAAUGGGGGUGGGGGUGGGGGUGCUGCUGGGGACAACAGCUCGAAUGGCCGGUUCGACAUGUCGGGCACGCAGUCGCCGACGCCCUCGACAGCUGUGGCCACGCCGCACCCCUCGUCAACGCCUGCGCCCGAAGCUGUACCUGACGCUGGUGCUGGAGCUGCAUCAGCACACCUUGGGGCGAGAGAGGUUGCAGACUCGGAGACUGAGCCUGAGACUGAGCCAGAGCAAGACGACCAGCCUGAACCUGCACUUCCCCCCCUGCUGGACGACGACAACACUGCUGCAGCCGCCGCCAAACAACGGCCCUCAGCAUCGAUCCCACCAACUUCAGACAUCAUCCAACCCGAGUCUGAAGACCAGCCAACGUCAGAAUUGACACCAACCCCUCUACUGCAUAGUGAAUCUGUCUUGCGCAGCUCACCCACACCCCGGCAAAGACGCGCAUCCCAAAGCUCGCCGUCUCCCUGUCAUCACUCGCACUCAAUCCCACAUUCACACUCACUCCCCCCACUCAAACAGCCUGCGCUUGCGACACGCUCUCUGUUGUUCCCACCAAAGCCCUCUUCAAGACCCCUCCUGCCUGAUCCAGUCAAGCAAUCAAUCGAAGACCUGCCCUCAUUCUCAUUCUCGUCCUCUCACCAAGCGACAUCACCGCGGUCUGUCGCGUCCUUCAACGACAUUGACGACUCCUUCUUCAAGCGCGAAUCAUCAGUUGCGCGAAGCGCGUCGGCCUUCGAGAUGGCGCCCAGAACCCGCGCCCAGUCGGCCAUGCCGCAACAGACGACUAGUCCUGCUGUCGAGGCAUCUACUGUCCGGGCCUCAUCUGCCCCUGCGCCUCCAGCCCAGCCGCAGGUCAGAGACGGGCCUCACUACACGCCCGCCGAGCUCCAGCGCAUAAUCGCACAGAAGGAAAUCGUCGAGAAAUCAUUCGACGCGGCCGCGGAGGAGGCUCUCAGCCACCACAAUUACGCGGUGGCAUACGCGUUCCGCACCCUAUUCGAAGAGUACGAGGAUAAUGCGCGCUUCCUGCUGCUGGCAGAGUCCAUCUUCCGGCAGACGGCGAGCGCAGAGUCGGUGUUCAAUUUCGGCGUCUACCUUAACCCCAGAAUCGCCGAGGGAAACAAAGACAGGACGGCGCUCAAAUACUUUGAGCCAGAGGCGCGCGAAAACAAAGAAUACGUGCCCCACCCGCCGCAGGCUGCCCCCUACAGGGAUCACAUCAGCCUGGACCUCUCCAGGCUGCAAGAACUUGCCGGCAGCAAGAAACGCAAGCGGGAUGAGGACACCAGCGCCGACGAAACAAGCGACGACAACGACCUCCAGCCCGACGAGGAGCUGCAGAGGCCGGGCAAGGCAGAGGCCGAGCCAGACACAGCUGAGGUUGAGCCCGAGGCGGUCGCCACACCGCCCCACCCUUCCAAGAGGCAGAAAUUGCAGAACCGCGAGCCCUCCACCGGCCGCUCCGCCGGCCGCAGGAAGACUGCACCUGCAUCUGCAUCUGCAACCCGCGGGAUGAACGGCCGCGCGAACGCGUCGCCUCUGCGGCGCAAGACUCGCUCGGGCUCAGUGGCUAGCGACUCCUCACUGUCGACGGCAAAAUCCCUCUCGCCCCCCCUCUCACCACCACAGGAGGCCGACGAGGACAGGCCGAUGCAAGACGCCGGCCAUGUUCCCGUUGCUGCUGCUUCUGCCGCGUCCACCGCCGCCGGUGAGACUGGCGCCCCCAAUCCUGCCGGGGCAGGGCCAGGGCCAGGACCUGGUCCUGAGCCCCAGCCAAUAGCGGCGCGCCCAAGGCGGGCUCCCGCUAGAGGGCGACGAAACGCAAAUGCGUCCUCGGAGCCAAACGCCAACAACACCACCGCCGGCCAGCAGGACGCUGCAUCGACCAACCCCGUCGGCGAUGCACCAGCCCCCGGACCACAGCGCUCCAGGAACCCACGUCGCGGCGCUCCCGACUUCACGCCAACCCAGAAGCUGAGCGAGGACGACCUGGCAGCCACGCGCAGACGCGCCGCGAGGGACUUCACCCAUCGCCUGACCACCAGCGCCCGUGCAGAGGCCGACAGCAACAUCAGGGCAGAGCCCCGGACAGGAUCACUCAUCCGUCAGCCGUCCGUCCAGUCGGACCUGUCCUCGGUGCCGGAUGUGGAGGAGCCAGAGCCAGAGCCAGAGCCAGAGCCCAGGCCGCAAGCACCGCAACCUACCACCACGGCUACGACUGGUCGUGGUGCCAGAGCCACCCGUGCUGCAAAGCGGCAGCACGAGGACGGCGACGGCGACGAUGCUGCAUCGACAUCCCCCGACUUUGUCCCACACGGAGAGCCCAGCACUGCCGUGACGUCCCGGGCUGCAACGCCUAUCCGCCCUGCCAAACGUGCCCGUACUGGCCCGCGACUUAAGGUGUCGCCGGUGAAGAACAAGGCAGGAACUGCAGCUGGAAAUCCGCGUGCACGCAUUGAUCGUGCCAGCCCUACCAUGAACGGCAACCCGAAUGCUCAGGUGGACAAUGAUGAUUUCUGCUCGUCUUGCGGCGGCAACGGCGAGAUCGUCUGCUGUGACGGAUGCACGCGCGCCUUCCACCAGCUCUGUCACGAUCCUUUCAUCCCCCACAGCGUCCUGAGCGACGAGGACGAGGAGUGGUACUGCUGGGACUGCAGCAUCAAGCGCGACCCAGGCCUCGUCAGGCAGCACAAGGGCCCCUGGGGGCAGCUAUUGACUGCGCUCGAUAAGAAGCACGCAGUCAGCUACCGCCUGCCCAAGAAAACACGCGAAUAUUUCGAGGGCGUCAAGACAGGCCCCGACGGCGAAUAUGAGGACUUCAUUCCUCAGCCCAAGGGAACAAAGAAGCAGAAGACAGUCGAGACCAAAGACUUUGAUUUUCAUCAGGUCAUUGACAAGGACGGCAAUCCCGUCCUGUGUCAUGCCUGUAGGACAGGCACCAGACAGGAUCGACCCAUCCUUCCCUGCUCCGCAUGUGGCCUGUGGUGGCACAUUGACUGCCUUGACCCCCCUCGGGCUAUCACCCCUAAUCCAAACCUGUUCACCUGCCCAUGCCACGUUGAAAACCUCCAGAAGGCCGUGGGCCCCUUGGGUCCUGCCCACAAGUUCCGCAAGAUCAAGGGCCAGUCCGAGAUCGUCUACGGCUUCCGCCGUGGCAACAUCAACAAUGGAUACAUUGAGAUCGAGGAUGAUUCGGAGCCUGCAGACCACAGUGGCUUCCGCGAUCAGACAUUCGGACAUGUGUACCGCCUCUCUUCAUCUGGAGUGCGAGCAGACUUUAUGCACAAGGUGUCUCGCAAAGGCAAGGCCACGAUUUACCGCCCAAGCAAGCCAGUCACACUACCGCGGAGGAUUCGCGAUGGUCUCCGUGCAGGCUCCGACCGGCAGCGAAUGGAGGCUGCCAUAGGUCUCAUGCGCCUCGCGGAAGCUGCAGGACUCCAAGCCGAGGCUGCCGAGGCUGCCCACGCCCCCCCUCUAAGCAACGACGCCAGAACCACUGCCACUAAGAUGGAUGCAACCAGUGAAUCCUUGGACUCCGCCAGCGUCGAAGAGCUCACGGCGCUGGAGGAGGCGACUCGCAGACAGUACGAUAGAAUCUUAUCCGAGCUGAAGAAACGCAAGGAACAGGAGCAGCCACCCAGCGGUGCCGGCGACUCUGCUUCUAACGUGGCACAAGACUCGGGUCCUGCGAGCACCAAGACGCCUCGCAGAAGCGGCCGCCUCACUGCCUCUUCUACUGCCUCUUCCACAGCCGAGGGCCAACAGAGCGGAGGAGCAGCGGAUCGAAGUAACUCCGGUGUAAAUGAUACCGAGACACCGAAGAAAAGCCCCGCGAAAUCGAAGGUUGAGCCUGCUACUACUGCUGCGAAUGACAGCGUGUCCACCCCCCUCACAAAGCAGAAGACGGCCAAAGAUGAUGAUGACUGCAGUGUCACUCAGGUCGUAUCCAACAUUGUCGACGCCGCGGUAGCAUCCGUCACAGGGGAAGACUGCACAUCUGCCGCUGACACCAUAGCCGGCAAGGCUGCAAACGUCGAGCAGAAGAUCGAUCAAGACCCUGCAGCACAGGCCGCCAUCGACUCGGCCCUCACCCCGGUCUCUGAAGCCAACAAGGACGGCGACGACCAGACCCCGGCCGUGACCAUUGUCAAGCCUGCCACGAGCGGCGUGGAGACUCCCGAGACGGAGCCCAACGUCCCAGACCAAGCCACCUCCCCAGCGAACGCGAUGGAGCUGGACUAAGAUCACACGACACAUCUUCCAGGGUAUGGAAUGACUGCCCCGAAACCCACAUCCACCUCUGAUCAACGACCUCCUUGUACGCCACUAGCUCCCCGAGUUCUCUCGUACUCUACGAUCGACUCUGUCUGGUGGUAGCUCUCCAGAUACUCUCGCAUUCUACGAUAGACUUCCUGGUCAAGCUCUAGUAGCGUCGACAUGAACACGUUACUGAGCAUAUCCCCGCGACAUCAACCCGAACACGCCCGAUGUCAUCUUGUAGGAAUAGCAGGGUCUUCCUGAUUGACGUGUGGAAACCGCAAGGGCGUACCAACCAGCAUGUACCAUCGAUGCCCCGACCGACCGACCGACCGAAACGGCGGCUGGGCAGCCCCAUCCAUUCGAACUGUUGUUUCUCUGUAGGGUUUCAGAUUUGCACGAAUUCGCAUGCAGCAUUGCAUCACCGGGGCAGCUUGAUUUUUCUACUGUUGUUUUUGUUGUUUUCUUGCCUUUCGGUUCCUCGCAUCGGUUGGCCACCCAUUGCCACCCUCGGCUAUGAAAGGGCCCCGAGGGAAAGAUUUGGCAGCAUUGUCUGGCUUGCGGCCAGGAGGGGAUGGAAGAUCGGCGUGAGAAGAGGGUACCCACGAUGAGGAUGCAUUUGCCCAAUUCUCAGCUGCUGUGAAUGAUCAGAAAAGAGGAGGGAGGGGAGGGGAGGGGAGAGCAGAGUACCAGGUUCCAAGGUACUGUAAGUCUGGGGGCCAGUGGAUUUGGCUGUACAGACACUCGGAAUUGAGGACAAUAGAAUUAUGCAGGCUCAAGGUACGGCGGCACUGCAGACGUACCAGGGGGGAAGAAGAAGGCUUCUCCUGUGAUGUGGCCAGCGAAUGGGAAAAUAAUUUUUGACCUGUCACUACUACAAGACUCGUAUCCAUCUCUCAGUCCAUGUAUGGAGAAAUUAAGAUAUGACCACUG